GGGAAGAAAACGACUCCGACUGAUAGUGCGAUACUCGCUGUUCCUGACGAGCAUAAUCCACGCCACACGGAUCGCGCAGUUCAUCCUCACGACCUUCACCAUUCACAACACCCCGGCGACCAUCAACCAAGUCACCAACAUAGUUCCAAGCCCUCGCCAGACAGUAAAAGUAGUGUUCAAGUAGAUGGAAGUGCUGACAACACCUUCGACGUUUACACUUCUGAGGAAGCUUUGUUAAGGGAACAAAAGCAAGCGGCAGUUCAAGCCCUUAAUAGCAUUCGAGCCUUGUUGCAUGCAGCGAGCAAACAGCCGAAUACGACGAAUAAUAGUGUGCAAGUGGGAUCAGGGACUGCGGCAACAACGCCCAAUCCUUCAGCUAGGGCGGAUUUGGGGACGGAUUUAGACGAUGGGC